AUGGCCCUGACAAAUCUUGCGAUUAUCGUUAUUGUCGUUGUUUGCUGCUUAGCAGUUACGGCUCUUGGAGCAGGGAUCGCUUCCUUUUAUUCCCCGCCAGAGGACGGCAAAUCUCGAGGCAACAGUGAAACCCGCGUUUCCAGUGUCACCAGUCAGAGGUUAAACAACUUCACUGCGGAUAUCAAAGUUUGGGGCAAAAGGUUGUGGCUCAUUCUGGCGCUAUGAUUGCUUGCCAUGUAUUUAAAUCGGCCCUAGCCCGUCCAUCAUGUCACACCGAAUACCUCUUGGUGAC